AUGCCAGGCAUUCUCAUCAUGAACCACACCGCGUCCGACGCUGCCACGGCCUCUCGCCAUGGCGACUCCAACACCGCUGCCCCCAAUGGCGCGUCCGCUGCCGCCACCGCGCUCGACAAGUACUCGCAGCUGCCGCCCGAAAUCGCCCACAUUGGCCCCGAGCAGUACAACGCCCUCUCGACGCUGCUGCUGCGCCUGUCCCAGGAAUCCUACAACGACCUGACCUCCAUCCUGCAGAAAAUGGCCGCCCUGCCCGUCGCGCCCAUGGCCAACGGCGCCCUCCCAAACGGCCUUGGCGCGGCCAGCAUGCAGGGAAACGCAGAGUCCAACAAGAGGAAAAAACUCAUGCUCCUCCAGUUUGCCCAGGAGCAGCGCUCCAAAUUUAUCAAGCUGCUGGUCCUUGCCGAAUGGGGCAAGAAGGCCGCCUCGGACAUCUCCAAGCUCAUCGACAUCUUCUCGUGGGCCGGCGCGCACGCCCGCAACAUGGAUGCCGCCGACGACCAGCUCGAGCGCAUCAAGAUGCUCUCCAACAUUGCCAGGGAGAACAACCCAGACAUUGCCACUGCCCUCCAAGUGCUCUCCACCGGCACCGCUUCCUGGAUGCCAAGCCUCGACUACAUCCCUCCCAAGCCAAUCUCCUCGGACGAAGCCCUAAAACUGCUCACGUACAUGAACACUUCCCUCUCCAUCCGCCUCAAUGUCCACGAAAACUUGCCCCGACACCUCCGCAACUGGCGCAUCCACUCUGGCCGAGUUACCUUUGCCAUCAAGGGCCAACUAGAAUUCGAUGUCAUGUCGUUUGUCGAAGAUGCUUCCCAACAGUGGUUUCUCAUCGAUUUGCGAUUGCUCUUCACUCCAGCCCCCACCGUGACCGUCGGAAGCCGUUUCUUCAUGCAGCUCAAACAGCAGGCUGAUUUUGUGCUCAAGCACAAGGGUCUCCCUGGCCUCUUUGACUUUUUGAACAACUUUAUGCUAACGCACAAAAUCUCGGUUCUGCGCUCACAGGCCACUGCUCUGGUUCGUGCCGGAUGGGCAGGUUCCCUCAAGGUCGAGCCCGUACAUCGUUUGCUUGUCGUGCAAUACUGGACUAACAAGCCCGGCAAGAAGAACUGGAUCGAAAUCGGCGUCUCCAACAAUAGGCUGAGCAACGCCAAAUCCUCGUGGAGAGGCCCACCGAUACCUUCUCUGUCCACUCGCUGGUUCCGCCAAGGAAAAGAAGUCAAGGAUGCAAACUUUGCCUUUGAUUGGACAAAUCUUUCCAUGGAAAAAGUCAUCAAGCUGGUUAUUGCCCGUCACACUAGCGACAUACUGCGAUCCACAAAGGAGAGUAUCAAGUCUGGAGUUCUUGCAGAGACAGACUUGUCCGAGGCCGAACCGGCAGAUUGCAGGCUCAACGCAACCCUGGGGACAAAAUCAGCCUCCAUCACCUUGUCUUUGGAGCCCGUCACUGGCAACCACAUUAUCCGGCCGGCAAGUGCAUUAUCAGCACGGGCCGAGAAUGCCUUCAACCUGGGUAGGGAGCCAGCACAGAUGGCCCAUGUCAUGACACAAGUACUGGCGGGCACUUUACUUGGUCUGAUUCAAAGAAAUGCCCAACAGCUUGGAUGGCAAGCGGUUGCAAGGCAGUCGUUAACUCCGCAAAUGGUCAAGGCGGCCGUCAAGCUAGAUGUCAUCUCGUCAGUUCUCUAUUGGCCUCAUGCAUGGUCGCCAAGCUGGGCUUUUGCAGCCAUCAUUGACUCUUCGGGAGAGUCAUGGUGGGUCCUUGAAAUCGGCUCCACUGGUAAUUCCAUCGAGCAUGCAGAGCAAAUCAGGAUGAAUAGGCCGGACAAGAGUCCCUUGCCAAUCAAUCGAAGCACAUUGGCAAGUCUGGAAAGAGUCGCCGUACAACUAUUGUCCUUCCGUGUCACUGCACGUCAACUGGACAAGGAGAAGAAGAUGUAUGCUUUGGAGGAAGAGUUGGGACAGACACCUGCUUCCGCACAAGGACGACGCAUCGCUCGUCGAUGGGUCCUGCGUGUGCAAACUUCAGACCUUCUCGCUUCUAGUACAAGGCACGACAAAUGGCUCGAACCAGAUAUCAAGAUCACAUGCGAAGGUCUACGAGUUGGUGGGCCGAAUGUGUGGCACGUGGCGUCUGGAAAGAUGGUCAAGUCAGUUGCGGCAGAUAUGCACAAACUCAUGGCUGCCUCACCACAAAAGGCAUUCAAGUUCUCGGACGAUGGCAAUUUUAGGAUUCUUCUUUCUACCCCCUUUGGACAGGACUUGCUUGGCGAGCUGCGUGCACGAUUACGGGAUGUUGACCGUCUUCGUAGCUUCGCAACCACCCUCCAGAAACGCAGAAUGCGCCUUGCAUCAUCCUCGCUACAACGCGUUCAAUUCCUGUAUGGGCCCUCGCCAUACACUGCCACGGUCAAUUUCAGUUCAGAGAAGGAAGUCACAAUCGAACUGUCAUCCAAGAACCCCCAUCAUCGCAUCCUCAAUCUGCUCACUCAUAUUGCCAACGACCGCUUGCCUUCUUUCAUGUCGUUGGAUGCGAAUGACGCCAAUGGGUUGGAUCGUUUCUGCACGACUCUUGUCCUCACGCGCCCCUUGUUCAAAGUCUUCCGCGAAAUUGAGCAACGGUCGCCCGGCAAUUAUCGAAAUCCCGCGAUACACGUUCACUCCAUUCUCAAGUAUCGUAUUACUUAUGAGAAUCCUGUCUGCACUUUUGAUGUGCGCCUUCAACCCAAGGAGGACCAGGUGUUCUGGUUUGUCGAGGAUAAUCUACGUCCCAAAGAUCCCAAUGUUCUCCCUACUCCCGAACGUGGUCAGGGCCAUAGGCGACUUGAUAGCCUCCAAGAAAAGUUAAAGGAGUUGUUCAGUAGUAAGGGACCCGGGUGGUUUGGGACGAGGAACGGUAUGGUUGUGGAGUUGGAUGCGAUUCCCGAUGCACUGCGCAAACUAGACGAAUGUGUGUUGAGCUGCAGGAUGGAGGGUGGAUAUGUCGCACCUCCACCGCUCGAAAGGCCGGUACAGCAGGCUCAGAACCCUGGACAAGGAAUGCCCAAAACCAAUGGGAUGCAGCAAGGGAAUCAGCAGCAGCAGCAGGCAAGGAUGCAACAGCAGCAACAGCAGCAACAGCAACAUCAGGCUCGUCAACAGCAACAAGGGCAACAACAGAUGCGGAUGCAACAAUCCAACCAACGGGUUCAGCAACCAAAUGGUAGACAACCACAACACAUGCAGAACGCACGGCAGCACAUGCAGCACCAACAAGGUCGUGGAGGUCGCCCAGGCCAGACGCAAAACAACGUCAUUGAAAUCGACUAG